UCUCCCAGGGAACAGGCGUGGCUUUCGCGAACAGACGCCACUUUCUUGGAUUCCUAGGUGCCAGGUGCGACCUCACCACGGCAAAACUGAAGAAGCGGCGGAUGAGCCUGAAUCUGGACAGAACCCGGACCCAGGACGAGGAUAACCUUACAUCCAAUGACAACCGGUGCAAGGCCUUAAAGAGCCAAACACAAGCCACGUUUCAGCAGGGCCCAGCAGCCCCGGACCAUGCAGUGUCCAGUGGGUCGUUUUUGGCCCUGAAACGUGAUUCUUUUUCCUUACCUCUGCCUGUUCCCUCUACAGCCUCCCCCCAAGAUCCCGUUCCCAUUCCUCUGGCCCAGCCUCGCCCGCCAGCCCGCCGCUUCCUCUCCACACUCACCCCCGUGUGGGGCCUGGUCUAUGGUUCUCUACUUGGUGUGUCCGUCUCGCCAGUGCCUGUUGUAACAACUUUCGGCCCCUCGGCUUUCCACCUGCUCCGCGGCACUUUCCUCCGCCCUCUCACCUCCACCAUCCUAAGAGUGUACACAAGGAGCAACUUCCUGGGGCCAGACCCUCCAGGGCCAUCCGGACAACUAGCCCUCCCUCCCUCUGAGCCUCCCGUCCACUCCCCAGAUCUCUGUCCUCUCGGGGGCACACACCACUCCGGUCCUCCACCACCAAUGAAAUUUAAGGUGUGCCCCCCGAAACCCCCCAGGAGUCGAGGCGGGAUCCGGUGCAACACCACCCUAAACCAGCAGCACCCUGGGGAGGAGGAAAUACGGAGAGACCAAGACAGACCCACACCCCUGGCCUCUGGUUCUGCCCAGUCCGGUGAUGAGACGUCACUGACCACGGUCCCCGGCACGAAUACAAACACCACCCCGUCUCUCUCUGUUCCCCGCUAUACAGCCGUGAGGGAUCUAAGCAGGGAGGAUCUCCCAGAGCCUCAGACCCGGUGUAACAGCUGUGGCCCACAAAUGGCACCACCGGUAAACCGUUCCCACCGGGGGAAUCGCUUUUUAAAGUUCUGGCGCAGGAUCAGGAGGUCCCGGGCCCCAGCCACGAGGGGACAGGCACCCCGUGCACGGCUUCUCAAUAGAGCACUGAGGUGCUGCCUGCCCUGCAUGUAUGGCAGGAUGAAUCCCUAGAGGACUAAAACUCCCUCUACAUGGGGGCUCUCCCACCCCUGCCCCCACAGGGACUUAUGCCCAACCUUAAGAAGGCCUGUUGGGCACCACUGUCCCCAUACAGGCACAGGUAACGGGCUGACACCACCCUGAUCCCAA